GUCCCUCGGAGCGUGGACCUUGCUAGCCUUGCCAGCCUCCCCCGGCCAGGUCGGGACCCGGCUCCCAGCGCUGCGCGCAGCCCCGCACUGCGCUCGAGAACUCGGCCCGGGCUUUAUCGAGGUGACGUUUCGAGAGCAGGGGGUGGCCCCUGACGCGGCUGUUGGGUUGUUCUAGUUUCCAGCUUCUGAAGUGCUUGGUGCCCGGGUAUCCCAGACAUGAAUUACGCACGGUUCAUCACCGCCAGGAGCGCCGCAAGGAAGCCUUCUCCCAUCCGGAUCUUGACUGACUUACUGAGCAGUGCGCCAAAAUCGGUCAUCUCCUUGGCUACUGGAUCACCAAAUCCGGACCUGUUCCCUUUUAAGACUGCUGUGAUUACCAUAGACAAUGGAAAGGCCAUCCGAUUUGAUGAAGGGAUAAUGAAGAGAGCACUUCAGUAUUCUCAAAGUAGUGGAAUCCCAGAGCUGUUGUCCUGGCUAAAACAGUUACAAGUAAAGUUGCAUAAUCCUCCCACCCUCCAUUAUCCAUCCAGCCAAGGACAAAUGGAUAUAUGUGUCACAACUGGCAGUCAAGAAGGUCUUUGUAAGGUGUUUGAAAUGAUUGUUAAUCCCGGAGAUAAUAUUCUCCUAAAUGAACCUGUUUAUUCAGGAACACUUCAUGCUCUGCAACCACUGGGCGCCAACAUGAUAAAUGUUUCCAGUGAUGAAUAUGGGAUGAUUCCAGACUCCCUCAAAGAAAUACUUUCGCAAUGGAAACCAGAAGAUUCAAAGAACCCCAAGAAAAACACCCCCAAAUUUCUUUAUACAGUCCCAAAUGGCGACAACCCUACUGGAAAGUCAUUAACAAGUAACCGCAAAAAGGAAAUCUAUGAGCUUGCAAGAAAAUAUGAUUUCCUCAUAAUAGAAGAUGAUCCUUACUAUUUUCUACAGUUCAACAAGCCCUGGGCACCAACAUUUCUUUCCAUGGAUACUGAUGGGCGUGUCAUCAGAGCUGACUCUUUUUCAAAAGUCCUGUCCUCUGGGUUGAGAAUAGGGUUUAUAACUGGUCCAAAACCCUUGAUAGAGAGAGUUGUUUUACACACACAAGUCUCAACAUUGCAACCCAGCACUUUUACACAGCUCAUGGUAUCAGAGCUUCUUCACCAAUGGGGAGAAGAGGGCUUCCUGGCUCACACAGAGAGGGUCAUUGAUUACUAUCGGAAGCAGAAGGAUGCGUUACUGGCAGCUGCAGACAAGUGGCUAAGUGGUCUGGCGGAAUGGCAUGCUCCUACUGCUGGAAUGUUUGUGUGGAUUAAAAUUAAGGGCAUUAAUGAUGUAAAAAAACUGAUUGAAGAAAAAGCCAUUAAGAAAGAGGUAUUAAUGGUUCCUGGAAGUGCUUUCUACAUUGACAGCUCAGCUCCUAGCCCUUACUUUAGAGCAUCCUUCUCUUUGGCUUCUCCAGAACAAAUGGAUGUGGCCUUCCAGAGAUUAGCCCAACUUAUAAAAGAAUCUUUAUGAAGACAUCAAACUCUUCAUAGUACUCAUGGGUUUUUUAGAUAAAUUAUUUCUAUGUUUUAGCAGCAAAAAAUGAUCAUUGGUUUAGACAUACAUCAAACAUGUCAUAUCUUUAGAAAUUUAACUAGACAACUUUUCAAGUGCCUUUAAAUCCACCAAAUUGCCAAAAUAUAUUUAUAAUCCACUUAUACCUUUUGAUAAAUUUUCAACCUGCAAAAAAAUUAUUUUUACCGUGAAUUUGUUGUAAAGAACUCUGUAACUGCUUUAUAAUUUCCUGUAAAUUUUCAUUGAAACUAAUUUUUACAGUAAAUUAUUUUGAAAAUGUAAGAAAAUAAGUCCAAAAUGGUCUGUAAUAUAAACUUUUUCUACUUUUUAGGAAAAUGUAAUAAAAUCUUGUUGCAAAAAUUGUUAGAAUUUGACCAUUAUAAAAUGAUUUCAGUAAGACUACCACAGAUACUAUGUUAUGCCAUAAAAACCCCUUUAAAAUAAAAGUCUGAAGCUAAACAUA